CCCCAGAAACCAGCUCACCGGAACGCGCUCUCACGCCACCCAACCUUUCACCCGGAAGUGAACGUUGAUUAGCGUCGCCAUGGGGAACGCAGGAAAUAAGAUGGCGACCAACAAUCGGGUCGUUCAGAUUGUGAAAGCGCAUCAGCGAUUAAUUAAAUUUCCAGAUAGAAAAGCUGCUCCCCGUCCAAAUGUGCAAGAAGCUCUCAAAUCAGUGAAGUAUCAAGCACUGUCGAGUUCAACGCAGGGAAUGCAACCAGCAGCAUCAAGCUCCGUUUCUGUUCCUCGUAGCCUGCUGUCUGGUCCACGUGAUACUGUAGAAAUAGUAAGGUCUCUACCACAGAAAUACAGAAGGCAGCCAGUGUCAGUAGAAGAAAUGGAGUACAUUCAGCGUGGAGGACCGGAGUAACACCAACUACUUAUUUCUGUCAUCCCUCAAUGGCUACUCCUAUUUGCUGUCAGAUUUCUGGCCUGUGGAUAUAAUUAUAACCUUUGAAUACACUUUAUAUUGCUGCACUAAUUACAUGUCCUCUGGCUAAAUGGAUGUACAUAUCAUAGCAUUCAAUAAACACUGAAACAUUGUCACCUUGCAGAAAAGCAGAAAUCUCCUGGUGUAUUUCCCAAAACAAUAUUCAUUGACUUUUCAUAGGAAAAAGUUGGUGAAAUCAAACAGCAUUUUGUAUUUUUAUCUCCAGGUGGCCUGUUCCUGGUAAAAUUCAGUAAGGAUACAUUGUCUAGCAGAAUUAUAAGACAAUUUCUUUCAUAAAGAUAUUUCAAAUUAUUGCUUCAGUACAUUGCGUGCAACUGAUAUUUAAAUACCUUUUCUAAUUGCAAUAAAUGAAAAAUGAACCAUAUACAAACUUUAUAAUGACAUUUCAUAUUGUAUUUUUCUUAAAAAUAAUUAUAUGUGGUUCCCAGAAUCUAUCAUUGCUUCAAAAAAGUGAUUGUCCACUAACUUGAACCCAUGAAAUGAUAUAAUUCUUGGCAUAUUGUCAAUACUCAUUUUAAAUAUAAAGUACAUUGAAAGAUCAAAGUCUUGUUCUGUUUUUGUAAAUAAAGAUGCUAUUCAUCAUUGUUUCCAAUACAGCAGUUGCUAAAAAUAAGCUUAAACCAAUUGUCAAAUUAAGAAUUGUGAAUUAUAUAGUCUAAUAGAAUUACGAAAAUAUCCAGUUGUAAACAGUUUUAUUUUUAAUUUUGUGGCACUACACUUGCCACAAUAAUUUGUAUAUAUGAUGUAACAAAUAUAGGAAACUAGAAAAUUAUGUAUAUAAGACUUUUUAGCCAGAUAGUACCCCAUGACCUGCAUGUAAAAUUGUUAAAAUAUCAAUCGAGUGGGGGAAUUUUAAUGCAUGGAGAAGUGAACUAGUAUUGUACAGAAAUAUACGAACAUGAACUGUAUUCCCAUUAUUACUCUCAUAUGCCUUUGUUCAAAUCGAAUAAACAAUUAAGGAAUUUGAGCAUGGUUAAA